GACAUUUUGUCGCUGAACCCCUCGCAUGAAAUGUCUGCUGCCUACGCAACUGCAUGGAAUCCACCGUAGCGGAGAGUGCCUUGGAGAAGAAGAAGAGGGCAAGCAAGCCCAAGGUGAAGACCGGCUGUGUGACAUGCAAGAUUCGCCACGUAAAGUGCGAUGAGACAAAGCCAGAGUGCGUAAAGUGCACUAGCACAGGUCGGAAGUGCGAUGGUUAUUCAGAGCCAAAGCUCCCAAAGGCCAAGGCCAAACGGGUAUCGAGCAAAGACAAUACGACUCUGUCCCGCUCUACAACACCGGAACGGCAGCUUCAACUUCAUCUUGGAAAUGCGAGAGAACGACGUGCCCUAGAGUUCUUCUUCCAUCGAACGGCUCCACAGCUCUCUGGCUUCUUCAGCCGAUCCUUUUGGAACGGCUGUGUACUCCAAAUCAGUGCGUACGAGCCUACCAUUCGGUACGCAAUGGUAGCCGUCAGCGCCAUGUACGAAGACGAGGGCAUGGUGGGAUUUUCUCCUGUGGCCGGCACGGAAGGACAUGCGGCUUUUGCUCUGGAGUCCUACAACAAAGCCAUCAAUUCGCUGGUACAUGUCGUCAAAUCCAACCCAGAGUCGAUUCGAAUUCCUGUCAUGGCUGCCAUCAUCUUCGUUUGCCUCGAGUUUUUACGUGGACACGUUGACUCUGCCCUCACACACAUUGAGUCAGGAGUGAGAAUGCUCAAGGCUUGGCGGGAAAACGCCUUCAAAGACAUGAUUUCCCUACCCGCUGAAUCGGCUUUCAUCGAAGAAGAGCUUGUGCCGAUGUUUGGCUGGCUGAAUCUGCUAUCAUCUUUGUUUGGUCGACCAUCACUAGAUCUGUAUUCAUUUGCUUCGUCAUCAACUUUUAAGACAGGCCGUUUCUCUCCACACGAACCUGCCAAGUCCAUCGAACAAGCGAAGACGAUGCUUCUUGAUCUGGUAAACGCGACGGUCAAAUUCAUACAGUCGGUUGGCGAUGCGAAAUAUAUGAACGGUGUCACAAUGGAGAUGUACGCCGAGCAGAUUCGGCUGCAGACGUUUAUGAAUGAUUGGAAGACCAAUUUUGAGUAUUUACAAACGCACGAUCCUUCUACUAAAGAUGACCAAAUAAAGAUUGGUUGCAACCUGCUGCAGGCAAUUUCGACAACAAUGGAUAUCUGGCUUUCUGCGGCCUUGAAUCCGAAUGAGACGGCGUGGGAUGACUUCAAGAACGAGUUUGAGGACAUUGUGCGACUUUCUGGAAUUCUUGUUGCGAGCUCUGUGCGUUUCCCUGACGAACUAUCCAAACGAUUUUCGUUUGAGAUGGGUAUCAUCCCGCCAUUACAUUUUGUUGCUUGGAAAUGUCGAUGGCCGUAUAUUCGUAGGAAAGCACUUGCGUUGCUAUGGACAUCUCCGCGCAGGGAAUGUCUGUUCGAGUCGCACAGAUCCUUUUUCUGCUUUCAAAGAGUGAUGGAGGUCGAAGAGGAGGGUUUAAAUCUCCCUCCAGGUGUCAUUCCAGGACCUGAUCAGCUGCCACCAGAAGAGGCUCGCAUUCACCAGGUCGAUAUUGCUGCGGCCGAGCCUACCUCGGAAGGAUAUCCCAUAAGCUUCCUUAUGAAACCAAACGGUCUCGACGGACCAUGGUACUCUAGGACAGAGAUUAUUCGGCUUGGUCCCGUCGAGUUUGAUCAUGAUUUGAGAAAUUGGCUCUCAGCAUCACAAGCUCCAAUUCCAGAAAUGAAUCCGGACCAUGGAAAUUCAAUGGGUGAAUUAUCAGCUGGCUCUUCCACGGCCUAUCAUUUCACGGGCAUGCCUGUUAACGGUUCCGACGCGAUUUGGAGCGUGGGAGCCUGGAGAGCACAGGAUAGCCUCGAGGCUGAGUUGCACACUCGUGCAGUCCUGCUUUCGUCGCAGCAAGGCAUAGGAACUCCAGAUCGCCUAAGUGACGCGGGAAGCAGUUAUUUUGUGGCCCAUUCGAACGCUGGAACUCCGGCGCCUUACUUAGAAUACAGCUCUUCUGUAUCGCCACCGGUGACUUCAACGUCCCUACCUUUCCGGUCCGGCGACUAUUUCGAGCAAGCAAAAUGAAGAAAGAUGAUAAUGGAGAGUUCCGUCUUUCAACCAUUCGCGAGGUUUAUAUGUUCGUCACUCACUAAUUUCUCUGCAACUUGCUAUUCAAGUAUUCUUCUUCUGCCAUGGACGUUGAUAAAUUACGCAAGUGCCAUGGGUCUCGCAUAAGAUCGCUCACGCGCCAAAUCUUCUCACUGUGGGGUAGCAGAGUCAAUGACGGUAGUUCCUUUGUGACAUAUACGCCGCAAUCGAUAGAACACGUUCUUCCAUCCUUUAAAACGAAGUCUGCUCUCAUCGUACGGAGCUCGCUGCUUCCGCCCUGGAAGUCGUCCAACCACUUUCGCGCUGCGUCUGAGAUCCCGAAGGCCAGCAUGCCGCUGAGCAAAUCGGCUUGGUUUCCCGUGCACACUACUCCGGGCCAGGUAUGACCACGUAACGCAUGGCGCUUGAUACCGUACACCAACGCAGGUGUCAUGGUCUGAAUAAUGUCUUCGAGAGAUUUCCUCGUGUUCGUUGUACCGCGCAGGACAGCCGGGUACACCUGGGCGCCGUAGAAGAAGUACGGUAGAUUGAAGUUGACAGAUUUCUGUGUAGAUAACAGCUGCUCGUACGGUAUUUUGUUCCGGGAGGCUAGAAGCAAGGACGGCGGAAGAACCUUUUCUUCGCCCGGUUCGAACGGCGUGAUGGUUGGAGGAGGCAGCUGUAUGAUAGUGUCGAGAUUCAAAGCAUCCUUGCUCCGCUG